UCUUCCUCUGUUGGACUAAACUUUAGCAUCGACACUGAAAAGUCUGAAACAAACCAGGUGUGAAAAGUUGUGCGUCCUCAGAUCGAUUGUGUGUUUUUCUUCGUCAGUGUUCAGACGAGCCGUCGUCCUGGUUUAUCGAGACAACAACAAACUGAAGAAGAGGAAGAUGAGCUCCCGCUCAGCUGAUCACGACCCCUUCAGGUUCCGCUGGUUAAUCCCAGUGUCGGCGGUUCAGGUCAGACCAGCCAACAUCACAGGCUCAGAGAACCCGUGUGUGUGGGAGCUGGUUCACAGCCGGUCGGAGGUGGAGGGACGACCGGAGACGGUGUUUCAGCUCUGCAGCAGUGGUUUGGAGACGAAGGCGAGCGUCCUGCGAGCCCUGUCCUCCCUCCUCAGAGACCGGGCGCCGGCCGGCUCGCUGAGGAGGUCCAGGCUGUCGACGGCUGAGAGGAGCAGCUCCUGGAGGAGGAGGCAGCAGAGGAGUCGCGCUGACGCCCAGAGGACGACUCAUCAUCGGCAGCCGGAGGAGAGCAGGUUCAUCCUGGGAGAAACCUGCUCGGAGCCGUUGCUUCCCAGCCACGCCGCGUCCGACUCUGCGGCGAAGAGGACCAGACUGUUCUCGCUGACCAGCGAGCUGGAGGCGCAGCUGCAGAGACUGAACUUCACCGAGGAGGAGGAGGAGGGACGAGCGACGACUGCGAGCGCAGACCGGAGGCCCGCAGAGAAGAGGCGGAGCUCCAGUGUGCAGCGACGCCCCGGAGCAGACGUGUUGGACCUAUUGGAGAGAGACUUCAGUGUUCACAGCAUGACGUCCAUGAUCAACGAAGACUGUUUCUACGACUUUCAGACGUCUGCUGCUCCCACGCUACCGGACGAAAGCUAAACGCUGAUGUCACAACAGGAAGACGGAACUAAACUGAGAAUCUUCUCCUGCUCAACCGAUCGCACUGAAGGUGUCACGCAGAGCAAACGAAAUCCAGAUGCAGCAUCUGAUUGGCCGGGACAAACACCUGCCUCUGGAGAAACUCCUCCGGCUGUGACGCUUCUUUGAAUUCCAACUUUGCAAAACUCAAAUCUGAAGUUUCCACUUGAACAAACAUCGGUGAACUGAUGAACGAUCUCCGUCACACAUUCUCUUCACUUUAGUCUGGAUCAGGUGUGAAAGGUUCCUCGGACCACGAUCCAGAUCCAGUCCGACCAGAAGAGGUGUUCUGGUUCUGGAUCAAACUGAACCGUGGUUCUGUCUCGAUGGAGCCGACACACGUGAUGAAGAACCAAACAUCGUCUCAGAGACAAAACAUUUUCAGGAAUGAACAGAAUCAUUGUUUCACUUUUUCAAGAAGAAUGUGAGAAAGGAUUUUAACGAUGGAGGAAGAUUUUCAUCAGGGUCAGUUUUUUAAAAUCUCUCUGUAGAUUUUUAAAAGUUUCCUCCGACUGAUGGAUCCAAAAACAUUUCUGAAGGAUACGUUGGACUCUCGUCUUUAUUUUGCGCUUCAUGUUUUUCUCUGUACAGUUUAUUUUUCCCUUGAACCGCGGAGCUGCAGGAUCAGAUCGUAGUAAAUCUGAAUUGUUGUAUUUAUAUAUUAUGUGUUUCAGUUUUAUGGCUGCAGAUCCAGAAACCACUGUCGUUUUUUAACAGUGAAAGUAUUUGGUAAUUUAUUUUCUUAAAUGUUUGUGUAAAUCUUUUUGUCGAUGAUGAAGUCAAAUAAAUGAA